CUUAAUCUUUGAAAGGAUUGUAAUGAAAGCUUAAAUAACCGCUUUAUUUUUGGCGCGAAGUUGUUUUAUAGUUAUGUUUAAAGAAAAGUACCAAAAAAUAGUGUUCUAUUGAAAAAUUAUACACAAUUAUCAAAAGAAGAUAAAUUUAUAUUAUAUAUUUUAUUACUAGUAUAAUAUGGAAGAUCCAGCUACUGCACGUUUAAAAAGUUUAGUAAUGAGUAGUAAUGAAGCUCUGGAAUUUAAAUUAAUACGUUCUUUUGAAGAUUUAGAAAAUAAUGAAACUACAUUUAAACCAGAAAUGUCUCAUCAAGUAUUUGGAGAUAGUGAAUCUAUAUUUGGUUACCGGGAUCUCAGAGUGAAGCUUUAUUAUUCAGCAGGUUGUUUAGAAACUUAUCUAGGCAUGACUUAUUCAGAAAAAAUAAAUAAAAUACUUUAUGAAGGAGUCGAAGCUGAUGAAGUAUUGCCAAAAAUUGCUGAAAAACUAGCUCCACAAGUUCAUGAUAAUAUAGAUGCAUUUAUUGAAUCUUUAAAAAAGGAUGAUAUAUUUAAACCUCAUGGAGAAUUACUUCAUUCAUUUUCUGUUAAUGAUGAUGGUUGCACAAGAAAAUUUGAAGUUUAUAAAGCAGAUAUGACUUAUAAGGGAUUUAAGGAAUAUCAUCAACGUCUUCAAACAUUUGUAUUAUGGUAUAUAGAUGCUGCUAAUUUUAUAGAUAUUGAUGAUGAUCGAUGGCAUUACUUUAACAUGUUUGAAAAAUAUCAAACAACAGAUGGUACUGUUCGUUAUGCAACUACUGGUUUUGCUACUGUAUAUCAAUACUAUGCAUAUCCACAUCAUACUAGACCUCGUAUAGCUCAAGUUUUAAUUUUACCACCAUUUCAAAAUAUAGGUCUUGGUACACAUUUAUUACAUGCUAUUUAUCGCGAAUAUAUUGGGCGGAAUCAAGUCAAAGAUAUAACAGUUGAGGACCCUUCAAUGACCUUUCAACGAUUAAGAGAUUAUGUGGAUGCAAUGAAUUGCUGUACAUUAUCUAGUUUUUCACGAGAGUAUCUACUUCAAGGUUUUAAUAAAGCAAUGGCCGCAGAAGCUAAAGAAAAAUUCAAGAUUAAUAAGAAACAAGCUCGCAGAGUGUACGAAAUUUUAAGAUUGCGUAGUACAGAUUUAACAAAUGAACAAGAAUAUCGUGAAUAUAGAUUAGAUGUAAAAAGAAGAUUGAAUAUUCCGUAUAGACGAGAGCAAAAUGAUUUAAAAAAAUUGGAAUGCGCAUUGAAGAAUAUUGACAAACAUUCGAAUAUUACUUUACCUACAUUGGAACAACGUAUACAAACUCUAGAGAAAGAAUAUAAAAGUUUAGAAGAAGAAUAUAAAAAAGUGAUUAAACGUCUGGAAGAUGCAGAAGAACUUUGAAAUUUAUUUUUUUUUUUCAUUUUUUAUUUUUAUUAAGUUAUCUGUAUAUUAUAAACAAUUAAACUCUCUUUCUCUUAUUAUAUAUAUAUAUGUAAUAUUU